CGCUCAGUCGCGCGCGGUCACGGCGUGCGGGCGCGCGCAUCGCUGCACGUGCAUGGCGCGCCUGACUGGAUGCCUCGCGCCCUCGGGGAAUGGCUUCGUCCGAGGAAGAGGCGACUACCGCGUCGACCGACUCUUAUCCUGAUGAUGGAGACUGUCUCAGUGUCCGAAAAUGGUGGUGCUUUCUGCUGUCGUCGAUUUUCACCUUCCUUGCGGGGUUACUCGUGGUGCUGGUAUGGCGCGCGUGCGCGUUCGUCUGCUGCCACAAGGAGCCGGAGCUGGCCCCGAACGACCCCAAGCAGAAGGAGCAGAAGGCGGCGCGGCAGGGCAAACAAGAGUUCGAGGGCACGUUCAUGACCGAAGCGAAAGACUGGGCCGGCGAACUCAUAUCCGGUCAGACCACCACCGGACGAAUACUGGUAGUGUUGGUGUUUAUCCUAAGUAUAGCAUCGCUCAUCAUCUACUUCAUUGACGCGUCCAGUGAAGAGGUUGAGCGAUGCCAGAAAUGGAGCGACAAUAUUACUCAGCAAAUCGACCUUGCCUUUAACAUAUUUUUUAUGGUCUACUUUUUUAUACGAUUUAUAGCAGCUAGUGACAAACUAUGGUUCAUGCUCGAGAUGUAUUCAUUUGUAGAUUAUUUCACGAUACCCCCAUCCUUUGUAUCAAUAUACCUGGAUAGAACGUGGAUAGGGCUGAGAUUUCUCAGAGCUCUACGCUUAAUGACCGUGCCUGACAUUUUGCAAUACCUCAAUAUAUUAAAAACAUCGAGCUCAAUUCGGUUGGCGCAAUUAGUUUCUAUAUUUAUAUCAGUGUGGCUGACCGCUGCCGGCAUUAUUCAUUUGCUGGAGAACUCCGGAGAUCCAUUAGAGUUUGAGAACGCGCAGAAGCUCUCAUACUGGACAUGUGUGUACUUCCUCAUAGUGACCAUGUCCACCGUAGGUUACGGUGACGUCUUCUGUCACACAGUACUUGGAAGAACGUUUUUGGUUUUUUUUCUCCUCGUUGGCUUGGCGAUAUUUGCCAGUUGUAUCCCAGAGAUAAUUGACUUAAUCGGCACUAGACCCAAGUAUGGCGGCACCCUCAAGAAUGAGCGGGGACGCAGACAUAUAGUUGUAUGUGGACACAUAACUUACGAAUCAGUGAGCCAUUUUUUAAAAGACUUCCUACACGAAGACCGAGAGGAUGUGGAUGUCGAAGUUGUUUUUUUACACAGGAAACCGCCCGACCUGGAGCUCGAAGGCCUGUUCAAGAGACACUUUACCACUGUGGAAUUCUUUCAAGGCACCAUUAUGAAUCCAAUCGACCUACAAAGGGUGAAAGUACAUGAAGCAGAUGCGUGUCUGGUGCUAGCCAACAAAUACUGCCAAGAUCCGGAUGCAGAAGAUGCCGCGAACAUCAUGAGGGUUAUAUCGAUCAAGAACUACUCCGAUGACAUAAGAGUCAUCAUUCAGCUGAUGCAAUACCAUAAUAAGGCUUACCUCUUGAACAUUCCGUCGUGGGAUUGGAAGCAAGGUGACGACGUGAUCUGCUUGGCGGAGCUGAAACUCGGCUUCAUCGCACAGAGCUGCUUGGCCCCUGGCUUCUCCACCAUGAUGGCCAACCUGUUCGCCAUGAGGAGUUUCAAGACGUCCCCCGACACUCAAGCUUGGCAGAACGAUUACCUGCAGGGUACUGGCUGCGAGAUGUACACCGAAACCCUGUCGACUUCCUUCACGGGAAUGAGCUUCCCGCAAGCGAGCGAAUUGUGCUUCACAAAGCUGAAACUCCUUCUGCUGGCCAUCGAGAUUAAGGGGGAAGAGGGAGCCGACAGUAAGAUCUCCAUCAACCCGCGCAGUGCCAAGAUACACGCCAACACACAGGGUUUCUUUAUUGCUCAGUCCGCUGAUGAGGUUAAAAGAGCGUGGUACUACUGCAAGGCGUGCCACGAGGAUAUCAAGGAUGAAACUCUCAUCAAGAAGUGCAAAUGCAAAAACUUGACCGCGCACCAGCGGAAGGUUGGAGCCGACAUAGUGGCUACGUUCAGGAAGGGCGUACGAGCCGUCCAGAUGGUUGGCAGGGCAAAUGAUCACCAUCCUCCCCCCACCUUCACGCCGCCAGAGUUGCCCAAGAAGGUCCAUGUUCGAGGUGAAAUUGCGAGGGAAAGAGGGGAGGAUACUAGUUUAAUAAACCGUAACCAUCGGAAUGCGGCGCCAACGACACUGUUGUCGCCAAUGGCGAAUCAGCUGAUGAACACCACGACAACCAGGCAAGUCAACAAAGUGAAGCCCAACGUUAAUAGAGCGCCUCCCGAUACGAAUCCCCAGGAUCAAGAUACCAAUUACCAGGCCUAUCACCUUGCCUACGAAGUGAAAAAACUCAUGCCAACGAGUAGAAGCAGUGGAGGUAAUCAAAACAGCAAUGGUGUCAGCCUUCACGCGGGCUUGGCUGACGACCAGUCGAAAGAUUUCGACUUUGAAAAGACUGAAAUGAAGUACGACUCCACUGGAAUGUUCCAUUGGAGCCCCGCGAGGAACUUGGAAGAUUGUAUAUUAGACAGGAACCAAGCGGCGAUGACAGUGCUGAAUGGUCACGUGGUAGUGUGUUUGUUUGCGGACCCAGACUCGCCGCUCAUCGGGCUCAGAAACCUGGUGAUGCCGUUGAGAGCCUCAAACUUCCAUUAUCACGAGCUGAAGCAUGUAGUAAUAGUAGGGAGUGUCGAUUACAUCAGAAGAGAAUGGAAGAUGUUACAAAAUCUUCCGAAAAUCUCUGUAUUGAAUGGUUCACCGCUAAGCCGGGCCGACUUGCGUGCAGUUAAUGUGAACUUGUGUGACAUGUGCUGCAUCCUAUCAGCGAAGGUGCCAUCCAACGAUGAUCCAACGCUGGCAGACAAGGAAGCUAUCUUGGCUUCGUUGAACAUCAAGGCUAUGACGUUCGACGACACGAUAGGAGUGUUGAGCGCCGGCGUUGGGACGAAUGGAAGCAGUGCAGUGCCUCCCCCGCCCGGGCAGCCGCCUGCGCCUGUGUUGCUGCAGAGGAGAGGGUCUGUGUAUGGUGCCAAUGUGCCUAUGAUAACUGAGUUGGUUAACGACAGCAACGUACAGUUUCUGGACCAGGACGACGACGACGAUCCGGACACGGAGCUGUACUUAACGCAACCGUUCGCGUGCGGUACUGCGUUUGCUGUCAGUGUACUCGACUCACUUAUGUCCACAACUUAUUUCAACCAGAAUGCCUUAACACUUAUCCGGUCGCUGAUAACGGGCGGCGCGACGCCCGAACUGGAACUCAUAUUGGCGGAGGGAGCCGGCCUUCGAGGCGGAUACUCUACGCCAGAGAGCUUAGCAAAUAGAGACCGAUGUAGAGUUGGUCAGAUAUCGUUGUACGACGGUCCACUGGCCCAGUUCGGCGAGGCGGGCAAGUACGGUGACCUGUUCGUGGCGGCGCUCAGCACCUAUGGCAUGCUGUGCAUCGGCCUCUACCGGUUCCGGGACACCUCGUCCUCGUGCGACGCGAGUAGCAAGAGAUACGUUAUCACCAAUCCUCCAGAUGACUUCUCUUUGCUGCCAACCGAUCAGGUGUUCGUCCUAAUGCAAUUCGACCCAGGGGUGGAGUACCGCUCGUCGCGGCGCGCGGGCUCGGCCACGGGCAGCGGCGGCAAGGACGACGCCUCCUGACUAUUGCUGUGCAGCGCCCUCACGGACGGGCCCUACUCCUACAUCUAGGCAGUAGGCCCGCCGACACAACACUCCGACAAUCCUGCCCUACACGACCCGACUACUCUGUCCUAAGCAUCACUCCCGCACUCUUAACCCCACCUCUUGGGUGAACGUCCACGAAAGUACUAGUUUUUGUCCUGACCUAUUUAGCCGUCAUACGGGAGUGCUGCUACCUCCACUGCCCUGUUUUAUUUUGGUUUUUGGUAAUUGUAUAAGUUAGUAUUCUAAGUUGAACACUUCCUGCACAGCAAUCUACACUACUCAAUAUUACUCGCACUCUUGAAUAGCAAUAGUUUAUUUUUUGUUUUAAGACAAUUGACAGCAGACUUAAUUACAGACAUUUGAAAUUAAUUCAAAAUGCGUGAACUCCUGUAGCGACUUAAUCAAUAAUUAUUAUGUGAAGAAAGCAGUUCAGUUUAAACAAUUUUUAUUAUUUUAUUUAUUCAGACGAACAGGCAGUCCAUAGGAACCAAACAAGAGAUGAAUAUAAUACAUUUUUUAUAAAAUACAAUUUAAAAAACGCUUUCCUAAAUUUAAGAAGGCUUUCGAUGUUUAGGGUAUUACGAUUAGAAAGAUCAGUGCGUUGUUGGCCAAAAAAAAGAUUGUAUUUUAAGACAUAGAGCGUCAAAGUUUUUAAUGUAAAGGCACAUCACAUCAGCCGUAUAAAUAUUUAAAAAAGUAUAGGAACCGUUGGUUGUCGAAGCUUUCUCUGAGGUAGUUGUUCAUAUAGUUUGCAUAUUUUUAAACCUACCUCAUUUAGAGCAGUCUUGCUCUAAAUGUGAUACGUUCAUCAGCUUGAUACUUGACAACUACCUCGACAGUAUUGACUACAACGGUAUAUUUAAAUCACGUUACAUUUUUACACAUUAUAUAUAGGUACAUUGAUGAUAUCAACAUUGAAAUGGUUUCAAUUGAUAUGUAUCGGUGAUGGUUGUUUUAGUAUUAGGCUUCUAUUAUAAUGGUGUUGGGAAAACAUACACACAUGCAUACACAACAACAGCAGAGUCCUGACACACCUCUUUCUUUUCUUUCUACAACAGUCGUUCUUGGCAAUUGACCAGAUCACCACGUAAGUCAAAAUUAUUUUUAGAACAAUAUGGAUGCGAUAAAAAUAUUCUCAUUGGUUCUUGAAAACAGAAUAAAAGGACCACUGUUGUACCACUGUCUGUUAAACCUUCGCGUUUCCUAUGUUUGACAGUUUCUUCUUCUAAGCUGUCUAUAUACUAAAAUUAAAAUCUUUGAGUAAUGAGAAAUCUUAUCUCCAACUAGUUCUGUUUUCUAAGGUCUACAAUAAUUUGUAAGCAAUGCUCAAUGAAAGGAACCUUUUAAACUUUUAAUUGCAUGACAGUGUAAAAUGGUCUUAGGUGUAGGCUAUCGCUUUUCUUAGAAUAUCCAUUCCUUAUUGAGUAGUUUUUUUUCUCACGUUUCACGUAUUUAAGGCGCUACAUUUAACGCUGAUAUAUAGACAUAUUAUAAGAAUUUAAUGUUAUAUUCAUCGACUGAUUGUUAAGCACAUCAUAUGACCAUCGUUACUUGUUUUAGUCAUUAUUUUUAAGUUUUUAGAUGUUUAAUUCUUCUUCAAUGGAUUCACAUUGAAUUCAUGAUUUAGUUUUAAGACACUCUGCCAUAUAUACUCUGCACGUAUGGUAGUAGUCUGCAUACACUUCCAUUGCUCAUAUUUUUUAUUCUUCUAUUUUUACUACUUAACUUAGAUCUUACAGUUGAGCAUUUUUAUGCAGAAAUGAGAAAUAUCCUUUGGAAAUAUACAAGAGAUUACAAUGUAACAUUUUUGACGCGUAACACCUGUUUCUGCAUAAAAACGUUCAGCUUAAAAAACAUAGCAACAUUCAGCCUCACCUUAUAGUACCACACGUUUUGUUUUAUAAUUAUUAUUUUAAUAAAUUUAUGCUAUUUUA